UGUAACGAGUGACGGAAGUGUCUCGAGUGUGUAGCAUAGUGUCGCGUUAGUACCACCUGCACCACUAGCACAGAGAACUAGCUGCUAUUACUUUAUUGAUUUCGUGCAAAGCCAUCCAUUAUCCAGUGUGAUACACCCUUCCCGUGAUGCGAGUAAAUGUGAAGCGAGUGCCUGUGUGAACAGGAAUGCUGCAGAAAAAAUUGAGGAUACAUUUAGGAUUUAGGACUUUUUUUGUUCGUUUCAUUGCCAUUUGCUGCAUGCUGGUUGGAAAAAAGGUCGUCUCCCCUUCGCAUCCCUGCGCUCUGUGAAAAAUCCAUACCACCAUCACAUCAAUUUUUCCCCAUACUCUUACCAAAGGCUGGUAAAAAGGCACCGCUAGAAAUGGGAGAGUUUGUCCUUUCUUCAUCCUUAAGCGCUCGGUGCUGCGGAGAUAGUCGGAGCUUUUGCGUUCGUGUUUUUUCCGCUCGUGCCAUUUGAUUUGAUAAUGUUGGUGGUUUGGUGUGGUGCGUAUUGCACGCAACUAAGAGAGCGAAGCGAAGCUCGUCUCGUGCGCCUCGUUCGCCGUGUUUACUAUGUACUACACACCCUUCGAAAGCGCCGCCAGGGAAAGAGAAGCGAGUGCCGCUCGUACGGCGGCGGUCGGUCGAAAAUGAGAGAAAUUGUUAGAGACGAACCUAAAAAUAGGGACAUUCGAACAGUGCGGGCACCGUUGGCCAAAUGUGGGAGCGCAAGCUUCUGCCCAUCAGUAACUGCUCGACGGAGAGCCGUGGCCAUUGCGGUUGUGUGAGUAGCCGGAGCAAAGGAGCCGCUACGGAUCGAGCGAGCAAUACGGCGGCGAUUACUGAGCAGCAUGACGACAUUUUUGGGAAAAUUAUGCUGUGCCGAGAGCAACCCAGCAAGAGAAGUUUUCCCACGGCGGUUCUCUCCGGCUGAAAAUCCUGACAUGAAAUAACGUUGCGUAUUGCAGUGUAAAGCGCUAGUGAAGAACGGGCUAGGCACUAGGGUUCCAUUCCAGUCGGCCAUGGAUAAUCCCACCUAGAAUUGGGAAUUUCAAGUGCUGAAAAGUAUUGAAAGCUACAUUAACCUCACAAGUUACUCGUCUCGGCUCGGCGGACUGUAGUCGCUAUGGCCCGCAAAGAUUGAAUCCUGCGUCUGCAUAGUGCGUUCAUAGCGUCGGACCAGUGAAAACUGUAUUUUUUGCUGUAUUUUAUUCAUGUCGGAUCAGCUUUUCUUGAGUUACGUUCGCCUAUCGACGAGAAUCAACCGCUUUGGCAAAAAGGUUUCGUUCGUUCAUUUAUCGAUUAAGCAAGCGCGUUGAGUGGUUGGUUUGCUAAAACUAAUAUAUUAGUCCAACUUCCAACAACGAGGAACAAAGGACGGAACAAAAAAAAAAAAAAAAGAAAAAGGGAAAAACGUACAACGCAAAGUGUAUCCGGUGUAUGACAUCACAUCAGAUGCAGAGUUUCGCGCUGAGCACACGGCUGGAGGCACCAUGUUUCAUUUAUUGCACACCGAGGCGGACUUUCCCGAAUCGGAUUACGCUGCAUGUACAUGAUUUAUGUGUAUGGUUUUUGCGCUUUGUUCAAGCUUGUAGCUCGAAGAACGUGUUCUAGGACAAUUUUUCCACCUCUCCAUCAGCUGCACCCUUUUAAGGCAUUGCAAUCAAUGUGUGUGUAUGUGCGUGUGUGCGUGAGUUUUUGUUGCUUUAAUGAAUCCAUCAACGGGCAGGAGCUUAUUAUGCUUUUUGUAAUCGGGAAUGUGUGGUUUCAAAGUGCGCGGAACGGAUUACACCUGCAAAGUGCGACUGAACCUGCGGGAAGUGUGAAGGCGCAGUGCCGUUUGGUUUGGUUUGGUUAUUUUGUUUUUUCUUUUUUUAAAUUUAUACUCGCUUUCUCGCAGAUCUCUGAUCCAUCAGACAAAUGCAAAAAGUUAAUACAAGUGUUCAGAGGCGAGCAGCUCGAUGCGGUAGUGUAUGUGCGUGAGUGAGUGAGUGAGUGAGUGCGUGUUGGUGUACAUAUAAAGUGAAAAGAUGCCCGAAUAAAUUGCGUGAAUCAAUAGCUGGAAAACGGCAUGUACGGCAGUACCAUCGAUUCGUGAAUCUUUUUUAUUGAUACCGUAAAGUAACAUUUCCCAUCGCUAAACGAAUGUCAUAAGAGAGAGAGAGAGAGAAAGAGGCAGAGAGAAGAAAUUGCUUAAUAUUCCGACCAUCUUUAUCAUCGCUACAUUAUCCGAAGCAGCAACUUUAAUAAACGACAGUGAUAGCAGCAGCAAUGCAGACACAGCAGUAGCAACAUUAGCAUUACGAUCAGCAGCAGCAGCAGCAGCAGCAGCACAAAGGCGCUAGAGGAAUCGAAUAGUGGAAAGCAGCUACAAUCGCGGACAGCUGCAGCAAGCUUUUACGAAUCGGAAAGCUUUUGAUUGAUUCCGCUUUUCGCUACGAAAGAAUUAUAUUACAGUGUUUUUUGGAGAAAGCAGGCCAAUUUCAAGGACAUUUCCGAUGAAAUAAAUGCGUCAGUAUCAUUACAAUGGCGCCGCAUAUAAAACUGUGAUCUGUGGAAAGAAAUUCAUGAGCCCCAUGCCUUGGACAUCAGAGGCUCUCAUUGUUGGCCAUAUAGACAAUGACCGAAGACUCCGAUUCGAUAUCUGAGGAAGAACGUAGUUUGUUCCGUCCUUUCACUCGUGAAUCAUUACAAGCUAUUGAAGCACGCAUCGCCGAUGAAGAAGCCAAACACCGAGAAUUGGAAAGAAAGCGAGCCGAGGGGGAGAGUGAUUUUGGUCGGAAGAAAAAGAAAAAAGAAAUACGCUACGAUGACGAGGAUGAGGAUGAAGGUCCCCAACCGGACCCUACACUUGAACAGGGUGUACCAGUCCCAGUUCGAAUGCAGGGCAGCUUCCCUCCGGAGUUGGCCUCCACGCCUCUCGAGGAUAUUGACGGUUUUUAUUCGAAUCAAAGGACAUUCGUAGUGAUUAGUAAAGGAAAAGAUAUUUUUCGUUUCUCCGCCACCAACGCAUUAUACGUACUCGAUCCGUUUAACCCUAUACGUCGCGUAGCUAUUUAUAUUUUAGUACAUCCACUGUUUUCACUUUUUAUAAUAACGACCAUUCUUGUUAAUUGUAUAUUGAUGAUUAUGCCUACCACGCCGACAGUCGAAUCUACCGAGGUGAUAUUCACCGGCAUCUACACGUUCGAAUCAGCUGUAAAAGUGAUGGCGCGAGGUUUCAUAUUACAACCGUUUACUUAUCUUAGAGAUGCAUGGAAUUGGUUGGACUUCGUAGUAAUAGCAUUAGCAUAUGUAACUAUGGGUAUAGAUCUGGGUAAUCUCGCUGCGUUGAGAACAUUCAGGGUAUUACGAGCUCUCAAAACAGUAGCCAUCGUUCCGGGUUUAAAAACCAUCGUCGGAGCUGUCAUAGAAUCCGUAAAGAAUCUCAGAGAUGUGAUAAUUUUAACAAUGUUUUCGUUAUCCGUGUUUGCUUUAAUGGGUCUACAAAUCUACAUGGGAGUACUAACACAAAAAUGCAUAAAAGAGUUCCCAAUGGACGGUUCAUGGGGCAAUCUCACGCACGAAAGCUGGGAGCUGUUCAACAGCAAUGACUCGAAUUGGUUCUAUUCCGAAAGCGGUGACAUUCCACUUUGUGGUAACUCAUCUGGAGCUGGGCAAUGUGAUGAAGGUUACAUUUGUUUACAAGGUUACGGCAAAAAUCCAAAUUACGGGUAUACAAGUUUUGAUACAUUCGGAUGGGCAUUCUUGUCUGCCUUUCGUCUAAUGACUCAAGAUUAUUGGGAGAAUUUAUAUCAACUGGUGUUACGAUCAGCUGGACCGUGGCACAUGCUCUUCUUCAUUGUGAUUAUCUUCUUGGGUUCGUUUUACCUUGUAAAUUUAAUCUUGGCCAUUGUUGCCAUGUCGUACGACGAACUCCAGAAGAAGGCCGAAGAGGAAGAGGCCGCCGAGGAAGAAGCACUUCGGGAGGCAGAAGAAGCUGCAGCAGCAAAGGCAGCUAAACUUGAGGCACAACAAGCAGCUGCGGCGGCGGCGGCCAAUCCAGAGAUCGCAAAAAGCCCAUCGGAUUUCUCUUGUCACAGCUAUGAGUUGUUCGUCGGACAGGAGAAGGGCAACGACGAUAACAAUAAGGAGAAGAUGUCCAUCAGAAGCGAAGGAUUGGAGUCGGUGAGCGAAAUCACAAGAACAACCGCACCAACAGCUACUGCAGCUGGCACUGCAAAAGCCCGUAAAGUGAGCGCGGCUUCACUUUCAUUACCCGGUUCACCAUUUAAUCUUCGUAGAGGAUCUAGAGGAUCACAUCAGUUCACGAUACGUAACGGUAGAGGACGUUUCGUUGGUGUACCUGGUAGCGAUAGAAAACCACUGGUACUCUCAACAUAUCUCGAUGCACAAGAACAUUUGCCGUACGCCGAUGAUUCCAACGCGGUCACGCCGAUGUCGGAGGAAAAUGGUGCAAUCAUCGUUCCAGUAUACUAUGCUAAUUUAGGUUCAAGGCAUUCGUCGUACACUUCACACCAAUCGCGCAUUUCGUACACAUCCCAUGGUGAUCUGCUCGGUGGCAUGACAAAGGAGAGCCGUCUGCGGAAUCGAUCUGCACGCAACACUAACCAUUCAAUUGUGCCCCCUCCGAAUGCUACCAACUUAUCUUACGCCGAUACCAACCACAAAGGACAGCGAGAUUUCGACAUGACACAGGACUGCACGGACGAUGCUGGCAAAAUAAAACACAACGACAAUCCUUUCAUAGAACCUGCUCAAACCCAAACCGUGGUAGAUAUGAAAGACGUGAUGGUGUUGAACGACAUUAUUGAGCAAGCUGCUGGUCGGCACAGUAGAACUAGUGAUCACGGAGUCUCUGUUUAUUACUUCCCCACAGAGGACGACGACGAGGACGGCCCAACGUUCAAGGAUAAGGCCCUCGAGUUCCUGAUGAAGAUGAUCGACAUUUUCUGCGUCUGGGACUGUUGUUGGGUUUGGCUUAAAUUUCAGGAAGGUGUUGCUUUCAUUGUGUUCGACCCAUUCGUGGAACUGUUCAUUACGCUCUGCAUUGUAGUAAAUACCUUGUUCAUGGCGUUAGAUCAUCAUGAUAUGGAUCCCGACAUGGAAAAAGCUCUCAAGAGUGGCAACUACUUCUUCACAGCGACCUUUGCCAUCGAAGCGACAAUGAAGCUAAUUGCCAUGAGCCCCAAGUACUACUUUCAAGAGGGUUGGAAUAUCUUCGAUUUUAUUAUUGUAGCACUGUCCCUGCUAGAGUUGGGGCUUGAGGGUGUUCAAGGAUUGUCAGUAUUACGCUCAUUCCGUUUGCUAAGAGUGUUCAAACUGGCAAAGUCCUGGCCUACAUUGAAUCUUCUUAUUUCCAUCAUGGGCCGCACUGUUGGUGCAUUGGGCAAUUUGACCUUCGUCCUAUGCAUCAUCAUUUUCAUCUUCGCCGUGAUGGGGAUGCAACUUUUUGGCAAGAACUACACAGAUAAUGUCGAUCGAUUCCCGGACCAUGAUCUGCCAAGAUGGAAUUUUACCGAUUUCAUGCACUCCUUCAUGAUUGUGUUCCGUGUGCUGUGCGGCGAAUGGAUCGAGUCCAUGUGGGACUGUAUGCUUGUCGGUGACGUGUCGUGCAUACCCUUUUUCCUAGCUACAGUAGUGAUAGGAAAUUUAGUCGUUCUCAACCUUUUCUUAGCCUUGCUUUUGUCGAAUUUCGGUUCUUCAUCGCUGUCCGCACCGACGGCCGACAACGAGACCAACAAGAUUGCGGAAGCGUUUAACCGAAUCUCGCGCUUUUCUAACUGGAUCAAGAUGAACGUGGCGAACGCGCUUAAGUUUGUGAAAAAUAAAUUGACCAGUCAAAUUGCAUCCGUACAACCGACAGGCAAAGGAGUAUGUCCAUGUAUAUCUGCAGAGCAUGGUGAAAAUGAGCUGGAACUCACUCCAGAUGACAUACUGGCCGAUGGACUGCUGAAGAAGGGAAUCAAGGAGCACAACCAGCUGGAGGUGGCGAUAGGCGAUGGCAUGGAAUUCACCAUCCACGGUGAUCUGAAGAACAAAGCCAAGAAGAAUAAGCAGAUCAUGAACAACUCAAAGGACGAUGAUACUGCCAGUAUCAAAUCUUAUGGCAGUCACAAAAAUCGCCCAUUCAAGGACGAAAGCCACAAAGGCAGCGCCGAAACGAUGGAGGGCGAAGAAAAACGUGACGCCAGCAAGGAGGAUCUAGGAAUUGACGAAGAACUCGACGACGAAGGCGAGGGCGAGGAAGGUCCGCUCGAUGGUGAGCUCAUCAUUCACGCCGAGGAAGAUGAAGUAAUCGAAGAUUCGCCGGCUGACUGCUGUCCGGAUAAUUGCUACAAAAAAUUCCCGGUUCUCGCCGGAGACGACGAUGCUCCGUUCUGGCAGGGAUGGGGCAAUUUGCGUCUCAAAACGUUCCAGCUGAUUGAGAACAAAUACUUUGAGACUGCUGUAAUUACUAUGAUUUUGCUUAGUAGCUUAGCUUUGGCACUGGAGGAUGUACAUCUUCCGCAGCGCCCUAUCCUUCAAGAUAUCCUUUAUUAUAUGGACCGAAUAUUCACAGUGAUAUUUUUUUUAGAGAUGUUAAUCAAAUGGUUAGCUUUAGGUUUUAAAGUAUACUUUACGAAUGCUUGGUGUUGGCUUGAUUUUAUUAUCGUAAUGGUAUCUUUAAUAAACUUCGUUGCUUCACUUUGUGGAGCUGGUGGUAUUCAAGCAUUCAAAACCAUGCGAACUCUUAGAGCUCUGAGACCGCUACGUGCCAUGUCCCGUAUGCAGGGAAUGAGGGUCGUCGUGAAUGCAUUGGUUCAGGCUAUACCGUCCAUCUUCAACGUGCUGCUGGUUUGUUUGAUAUUCUGGCUGAUCUUUGCUAUCAUGGGGGUGCAAUUAUUUGCUGGAAAAUACUUCAAGUGUGUGGAUAAGAACAAAACAACAUUACCUCACGAAAUUAUACCGGACGUGAAUGCGUGCAAGGCCGAAAACUAUACCUGGGAAAACUCGCCGAUGAACUUCGAUCACGUCGGUAAAGCGUACCUGUGUCUGUUUCAGGUAGCGACAUUCAAAGGAUGGAUACAGAUCAUGAACGAUGCCAUUGAUUCGCGCGAUGUCGGCAAACAGCCCAUCCGGGAAACGAACAUCUACAUGUAUCUGUACUUUGUGUUCUUCAUCAUCUUCGGAUCGUUCUUCACCUUGAACCUGUUCAUCGGUGUGAUUAUCGAUAACUUCAACGAGCAGAAAAAGAAAGCGGGAGGAUCGCUGGAAAUGUUCAUGACGGAGGAUCAGAAAAAGUACUACAACGCGAUGAAGAAGAUGGGAUCGAAGAAACCUCUCAAGGCAAUCCCACGACCGAGGUGGCGUCCGCAAGCAAUAGUGUUCGAGAUUGUGACGAACAAGAAGUUUGACAUGAUCAUUAUGUUGUUCAUCGGCUUCAACAUGUUAACCAUGACGCUGGAUCACUACAAACAAUCAGAAACGUUCAGCGCGGUGCUAGACUACUUGAACAUGAUCUUCAUUUGCAUUUUCAGCAGCGAAUGUUUGAUGAAGAUUUUCGCCCUACGCUACCAUUACUUUAUCGAGCCGUGGAAUUUGUUCGAUUUCGUGGUAGUCAUUCUAUCUAUUUUAGGUCUUGUCUUGAGUGACAUUAUUGAAAAGUACUUUGUAUCUCCGACACUGCUGCGAGUCGUGCGUGUGGCCAAGGUGGGCCGUGUACUGCGUUUGGUGAAGGGCGCCAAGGGUAUACGGACGCUGCUGUUUGCGUUAGCUAUGUCGCUGCCUGCACUUUUCAACAUUUGCCUGCUGCUGUUCUUGGUGAUGUUCAUCUUUGCCAUUUUCGGAAUGUCAUUCUUUAUGCACGUCAAGGAUAAGAGUGGUCUGGACGAUGUGUACAACUUUAAAACGUUCGGCCAGAGCAUGAUUUUGCUGUUUCAGAUGUCCACCUCGGCCGGGUGGGAUGGCGUGCUGGAUGGCAUUAUCAACGAGGAAGACUGUCUGCCGCCGGACAACGAUAAGGGCUACCCGGGCAACUGUGGUUCGUCGACGAUCGGCAUCACCUACCUGCUAGCGUAUCUAGUGAUAAGUUUUCUUAUCGUCAUCAACAUGUACAUUGCUGUUAUUCUCGAAAACUAUUCCCAAGCGACGGAGGACGUGCAGGAGGGCUUGACCGACGACGACUACGAUAUGUACUAUGAAAUCUGGCAGCAGUUCGAUCCGGACGGUACUCAGUACGUCCGGUACGAUCAGCUGUCCGACUUCUUGGACGUGCUGGAACCGCCCCUGCAAAUACACAAACCGAAUCGCUACAAAAUCAUCUCGAUGGAUAUUCCCAUAUGCCGCGGCGACAUGAUGUUCUGCGUGGACAUCCUGGACGCACUAACGAAGGACUUUUUCGCGCGGAAAGGCAAUCCGAUCGAGGAGACGGCGGAGCUGGGUGAGGUGCAGCAGCGUCCGGACGAGGUCGGCUACGAGCCGGUCUCGUCCACGCUAUGGCGACAGCGCGAGGAGUACUGUGCCCGGUUGAUACAGCACGCUUGGAAACGCUACAAGCAGCGUCACGGCGGUGGAACCGACGGUUCCGGCGAUGAUCUUGAAAUAGAUGCCUGUGAUAACGGAAACGACGGUGGCGACGGUAACGAUAACGAUGGUAGUGGCGGAGCGGCAGUAGGUAGUGGCGACAAUGGGAGCCAGAUCGCCGGAGGCAGCAUAGGUGGUGGUGGCGGUGGCGGCACCCCCGGUAGUGGUAAAAGUAAAGGAAUUCUCGGCGGAUCUCAGGCUAACGUAGGUGUAAUGGAACAUAGUCUAUCAUCAAAGGAAUCACCGGAUAAUAACGGCGAUCCGCAAGGCCGCCAGACGGCCGUUCUGGUGGAGAGUGACGGCUUCGUGACCAAGAACGGUCACCGCGUCGUCAUACAUUCACGAUCUCCCAGCAUAACAUCGCGAACGGCAGAUGUCUGAGCCAGGUCUCGCCCCCCUCUCUCGGAUUCAGAUUCCGAAGCACGGCAGAAAUAAUAUUUGAAAAUGGCAUGAAACAUGUAAGAUGGAACUACAAAACCAACAAUCGUCAAAAUCUCUCUCUCCAAACAAACCGUAUGUACGUGUACAUAAUGGUCAGGUCAAUCGAAUCGACCGGACAUCAUCAACAACUACUCUUCAAAUCAACAGAACAGAACAAAAACGGAUAGCCGUAAGUAAAUCAAAAGAAAUUGUUUUGCUGGUGCAGAUAACACUCUGAGCACAUUCAGUCAGGCGGGGAUGGCCGUAUCCAAUUAAUCCAAUCCAACAGCGGAAUCUCGCGCUGCGCAUCGUGACAUUAAUCGCAAUGGAUAGUGUUUCCGGGAAACGUGAGGGACCUUAAGCCAAUCAGCGUCAGCGUUGUACUAAACUCGAACGUUUUGCUAGCCUUUGUUUGAGCAACCAAUUCAAUCCCAUGCAUUUGCAGAUGCUGUUUGUUUGGGCUAGCCAACUAUUUUUUCGCAACAUGUCUGUUCACAGGACGACAUCGUUUGCCGGAUUGCAAAGCUGUAGAAGUUCAUCACUUGAAGCGUUAAACAAAAAGCACUGCUUGAAUUGCUCCUGAAUUGCUGUCACAUUUUGUGCUAAAACACGUGUUGUACUAACAUUUUGUUCAAUAUAUAAGGUCUUUCUUCAUUCACGCAAAAUACGCUCUGUAACAUCAGAAUAAGCCAGACGAUUUAAAACAAUCGAACGAAGGCCACCAACAAUCCAUUGUCUGUCUAACAAUCUCGGAAAUGGCAAAAGCGGUAACAAAUAAACGGUAAUCGUUUAUUGCAGUUCUUGGACAUGUUGUUUCCUUUGUCCCGUUUUGCCAACGAUAUAUGACGUUUCCCACAUCGUUACUCUUGAUCGACGACGAUCAUGAUGAUGAUGAUCCACUAUCGAUCGAUCAUACUCGAUCAAUAACACAUGGUCAGUGGUCAGUUAAUCAAACGAACCAAAAACAAAGUGCCACGCGAUGUUUGCGCGUGAAUGCUUGAUCAAAAGGGCGCGACAUCCUCUGCAUGUUUGAGGAAAGCCGUGCAAAGCCCGCAAAAGGAAAACGCCUGUGUGUGCGUGCAAUGAACCCGUAGGUUUAAAAUGCUUGAACACUUGCGAUGUCAACCAGAGCAAAGGGAGCCGCUGUGGCCAGUUUUGGGCGCAGGAAUCCUGUUUGGCACACGAGCACUACCUUCCUACUCUUUAUGCAUGGAUCCUGACAGUAUUUAUCAGUAAAACCCUCUGCUACGUUAUUCUGCGAAAGCGAAACAAAUAAAUUGCAACGCGCUUUUGAAAUCUUGGAACCAGCGCUCCACAACGAUCCAUGGACAGAAACAAGCUACUACUAUUACUACCUACCACUUAAAGAAAACAACAAACGUCAAACCAAAUCUGUCAGCCAGAAGACUAGCAAAGCAAAAUCCAGCUUGGCCAUUAUAUCAUUAAAAAUAUGUUUCUGCGUGCAAUCAAAAAGCCAUCAACAAUGAGGAAUGAGAGAUAUAAAUGAUUUUGAAUGAUGAAGUGAACAAAAAAGUGGUUAUAAGAAAACAAAAGCAUAAUCAUUUGUAUCGAAGUGCAAACCAAACUCUAACUCACAACAAGAAAAAAAAAACAAAAUCAAAUGCGAGGGGUCGGGGCGAGCCUUUAACUGUAACGAUUAAACUUAUUGAAUUUAAUAAGAAAGUAAAUUAUACAAAACACACUCCCACACACAUAUACACACACACAUACACACUCGCUUUUACACUAACAAAAAUAAAAGAAAACGAGAGGACACAAUGACACAGGAUCACCGAUUCAUAAUCAAAAAAACCAAAAAAGAAUCAUUUCCACUCUACAAAACACACACACACACACUCAAAACAUUCUAGAAAUGCUUUUUAACGUAAACGAAUAUUGCCAGCAUUUGAAUAUAAGAUAAAGAAAGAGCGCUGGCAGUGCGACGAAUGGCGGACGUAGGUUAUUUAAAGAAAGGAGAGCAUUAACAUAACAUAAGACAAACACUAGCUAUUGUUUCCAAACGGAAAAAGGGCGAAUUUCUUGCACAUUUAGCGUACGAAAGCGGUGGGCAGGUGUCCAAAGUCCGUUUUGUUAAGAUCCUCUUUUCUGUCAGUUUCAGCGCAGGAGACUUAUUAACUUAGUAUGUAACAUUGGGGGUUCGAAGUAUUAAGGGGUGCUUAACGCAACUGAAACGCUAACGAGUAUCAAAGAAUAAUACAACAAAUGUUAAGCAAACAAAACAAAACAAAAAACACUCACUCACACACAGCAAAACACUAAUGAUCGGACGCGUAAGAGAUGAAUCCUAGAAUAGAGGGCAUCGUAGGCAGCAAAAGCUAAUCAAAACACAGGCUUAAAUAUCAAUCAUUUUCAGAGAACCGGUGUGGGUUAAGGCAAAACAAAAAUGCGACAACAGUGAAAAUGAGCAAAAAGAUAGAAAGGGAAGGGAAAGGAUAAAAAAAAUGCAACUUGAGCGCAACAAACAAUUUGAUAAGCUUGGUAAAAACAAAAAACAAAAAAAAAACAAACAAACCAAAAAAACAAACAAAACAAAGGCUGCGCUAUACACAAGCGUAUGCAUCGUGUAAAACACAGGCACACAACCAAAAACAAAAAAAGGGACAAAAGGCGUGGCAAAAUUGCUGUAUCUUAACAAAAGAAAACCAAACAAAAAAAAAAGUUUCUUUAUAGGUUCCCAUUUUUACCGAUUGCUUCAUAAGAAUGCUUUUGUGAUAUUAAAUAAAAACUAAAACAUGCAACAAAAACAAAAAAAACAUAUAAAAGUAAAAAAAGUACACACUCACACACAAAACUAAGUAAAAUGCUUUCGAUGGUGUCGUUUCUGACUAGGCACAGCAAACAAACAUAGUACGACACAGAUAGGAGCGGGGAGCGAAAGCGCGGAUCGGCAGAGAUCAGCAUAUUUUCUCCACCACACUGGUGCAGUGUGUGAGUGUGUGUGUGUGUGAAUCAGGAUCAGGAAUAUUUAGGCUAGGUCAGCGGGUGGCAAGCAAAGCAGCUAAAGGUCCUCCAGCUAAGCCGCUGGAGGUGUGGCUCGGAUCUUCACGCAUUAACGCAUAGCCUAGGCCAGUUUUAAGCCAGAUUAGAAGUCGCUCCUCAGUCUCAACAGUCCACACAAUUCACAAGUAUCUCUUUAUACGUUUGUAAAAAAAAA